AGCUGGCAUCACAUCACACGCAUUUGCUGAAAUUGGACAGCAAAGACAACCACGGCCGGGAGUUCAACGUCGGCUGAAACAAAGAAGAAAAGAGAGAAGAAAAAAUUUUACAAUGGCUUCCACAAACAAGUACCAAUGCAUCGGCUUCGCUGUGCUACUCAUUUUGGGAGCUUUGGCUUCUCAAGCUACAUCUCGUUCCAUCAAAGAUGCAUCCAUUUCUGAGAAGCAUAGGCAAUGGAUGGCUCAUUAUGGACGUGUAUGCAAGGAUACCGAGGAAGAGGAGAAACGAUUGAAGAUUUUCAAGGACAAUGUGGAGUAUAUAGAAUCCUUCAACAAAGCCGCAAACAAGUCAUAUAAGCUUGCCGUUAAUCAAUCUGCAGAUCUUACGAAUGAAGAGUUCAAACUACGCAACGGAUUCAAGAGCCAUGGUUAUUCCACAGUAGCAUCUUCUUUUAAAUAUGAAAAUGUGACUGCAACGCCAUCGUGCAUGGAUUGGAGGAAGGAAGGGGUGGUAACACCUGUUAAAGACCAAGGCGAUUGUGGAAGUUGUUGGGCAUUUUCUGCUGUGGCAGCUGUGGAAGGAAUAAAUGCAUUGAAAAAUGGCAAGUUAAUCUCAUUGUCUGAGCAAGAGCUAGUUGACUGUGACAUCAAUGGUGGUGAUCAUGGCUGCCAAGGUGGUCUCAUGGAUUAUGCAUUCCAAUUUAUCCAAAAGAAUCAGGGCCUUACCACCGAAGCAAACUACCCUUACAGCGGAACUAAUGGCACAUGCCAAAGAAACAAAGCAGCUCAACAUGCAGCCAAGAUAACUGGCUAUGAAGACGUCCCAACAAACAAUGAGAGUUCUUUGUUGAAGGCUGUUGCGAACCAACCAAUCUCUGUGGCCAUCGAUGCAGGAGGACCUGACUUUCAGUUCUACUCAAGUGGUGUCUUUACAGGAGAAUGUGGCAUUGCCCUUGACCAUGGUGUAACAGCUAUUGGAUAUGGAACUAGCGACGAUGGAACCAAGUACUGGCUAGUAAAGAACUCAUGGGGUGUAGGCUGGGGUGAGGAAGGGAACAUGCGUAUGCAAAGGGAUAUUGAUGCAAAAGAAGGCCUUUGUGGUAUCGCAAUGCAAUCUUCAUACCCUACAGCAUAAACUUGGAUAUUAAAAGAAGUGACAGCUUCUAUGAUAUAAGAGACCACUUGUUACUAUGGCUGUUUUUUUUUUUUUGAGAGGAAAAAUAAAUUUGGUUAGAGAUCCUUGCAAGUUAUUGUUAUACAUUUCCCCCUUGUCCUAACCAUGACAUGUUCAAACUCUUCUUCCUUUUUCUCUCAUGUGAUAUCCAUGUAAGUUGUUAGGUGUUUCUCUUUCGGGAAUGCAACAAUCAUAUUUGGUUUAUAGUGAUUUGUCUUCAAAA